AUGCAGGCGCUACAGCGGCAUGUGCGGAACGCCGAGGCGAAGCUUGCAAGCGAGGGGGGGGCGAAUUUGGCGGCCGCGCGAAAUAGCUUCGCGACUCUGACCGCGGAGAAAAUGCACUUGGAGCGGGAGAUGUGCGGCGUUGAGAAGACCUUCAAGGAGGAGUUCGGCCGUUUUCAUCAUGAGAAGCAGUAUGACAUGCGGGAGUUUUUGAAGGUUUUCGGCGAGCUUGAAAUCGCGUUUGCGAGUAGUCUUAAGUCGAAGGGGGAGGGGUUGCGCCCUCUUUUAGCGGACCUUGCAUCCUAA